AUGCGCGACGAGACGGCGCAUUUGAAGUUGAGGAAUAAGAUGGCUCCUGGCUAUUCCGGGAAGGAGAAUGAAUCUAUGGAAGGCACUGUUGAUGAACAGGUAGCCGCUUUCAUCGAUUUGAUCGAGACGAAGUAUAUCUCGACCGCGACUGAAUACCGACCUAUGGAUUUAGCGCUCAAAACGCAAUACUUCACCCUGGACGUCAUCAGCGCACUGGCAUUCGGGAAACCGAUGGGGUAUCUAAAGCAAGACGUCGAUCUCCAUGAUUACAUCAAGAUCACCACGACAUACGUCCCCGUUAUGAUGGCGCUUUCGUACGUACCUUGGCUGGCGAAUCUGUUACAUUCGCGCCUGUUGAGAGGCGUGCUUCCCAAAGAGAGCGACAAGCUCGGCUUCGGGGCCUUCAUCAACGUUGCAAGGAAGGCGGUUGCGGAAAGAUUUGCAUCCAAGGAUUCCAAGCCAAAGUCCGAUAUGCUCGGAUCUUUUAUUCGCCAUGGUCUCACACCAGAAGAAGCAUCGAGCGAGGCGCUCUUGCAGAUUAUCGCUGGUAGCGAUACUUCGGCGUCUACAAUUCGCGCUGUGAUGCUGCAUACGCUGGCCAAUGCGUCUUCUUAUAGAAGACUGCAAGCGGAGAUCGACAACGGCAUUGCUGCUGGGACGAUUUCUUCGCCCAUUACGGAUGCUGAGGCGCGACAACUACCGUACCUUCAGGCUACUAUCAAAGAGGGCUUGCGCAUUCUGCCUCCAGCGAGUGGGUCGAACUUCAAAAGCGUUCCUGCAGGCGGUGAUAUCCUUGCCGGCAAAUUCAUUCCUGCAGGCACGCAGAUUGGGUCUUCCUAUCUCAGCAUCCAGCACUCUACAGAUAUCUUCGGUCCAGAUGCUGAGCUCUUCAGGCCAGAACGUUGGCUGGACGCUUCGGAAGAUCCUGCACGUCUUGCGCACAUGGCCAGUACCGUGGACCUAGUCUUCCACUACGGAAAAUACAAGUGUUUGGGCCAGAACGUCGCCUUGAUGGAAUUUAACAAGGUGUUCGUCGAGCUAUUGAGGCGAUUCGACUUCUCGAUCGUACAUCCGCACGAAGCGGCGAAGAUAUACAAUGCCGGGAUGUGGAUUAUGGAGGACUUUUCGGUCAGGGUCACACGACGUGUAGUCUGA